AUGAGCCCUCUAGAUGCCAUUGAAGAACAUCAAUACCGUGAAACCCCCUUAUUAAAUGUGGAAUCCCCCGUGGACAACAUCUCUCAAGCAAAUGCUGUGUUUGCAUCCUUCUUGGCUGAUGGAAUUCAGGCCGAAUUAUCAGCUUCCCAGUAG